GACUAGGAAAGGAACAUGCCACUUAACAAAUAUUUGCCACAUGCCACAAAAAUUUCUGAGCUGAGCUGUUAUUUUGACUGUGUUCCCUCCAGGCUUGCUGGGAUCGUGACGGUGCAGAAGUGUGUUCCAGACGACUUCCAGGAGAUCAAGGACACCCUUCUGGAGUGGUCGGAUGUCCUGCGGAUAAACUUGAUCCUGACCACGGGCGGGACAGGAUUCUCCCCGCGCGACGUCACGCCAGAGGCCACCAAGGAUGUGAUCGAGAAGGAGGCUCCGGGCAUGGCAGUUGCGAUGCUGAUGGGAUCACUAAACGUCACACCACUGGCAAUGCUGUCCAGGCCCGUGUGUGGAAUCAGGAAAAACACACUCAUUAUCAACCUGCCAGGCAGUAAAAAGGGCUCACAGGAGUGCUUCCACUUUGUUCUACCAGCGUUACCUCAUGCCUUGGACCUACUGGCGGACCACAGACAGAACAUCCAGGUCACCCACAAUGCCAUGAACACAGGGGACGGCAUGUCUGCCGGCGCGGAGAACAGCAGAACCCCGGCCGGCAGCACGGACUCCCCAGCCACAGUCAGUGCCACAUCUAUGCAUGCGCUGGUGACGGAGCUUAGCCAGGUGUGCUCGAGAACACCUGCUGCUGCACAGGUGUGUUUCCGAGCACCUGCCAAUGCCCAGGUGUGUUCCAGAAGACCUGCUGACGACCAGGUGCGCUCCAGAACACCUGCCAACACCCAGGUGUCUGCCAGAACACCUGCCGAUGACCACGUGUGCACACGAGCACGUACCAACACCCAGGUGUCUGCCAGAACACCUGCCAACACCCAGGUGUCUGCCAGAACACCUGAUGUGUACUACGAGGACCCGGUUGUUGACCUGACUGUUGCGGGGGAGAGGACGGGGAACGAUCGCUGCCCCGCAGACGCCGCGGAUCCGGCCGAGGCGAGCCAGCAACUGCGGGAGGAGACCCGGGCGGACGAGACGCUGGCGUUCCAGGAGCUUCAGCGGAUCGAGUGUGAGCUGAGCUCUCUCCACGGCGGGAAGGAGGUCAGCACGGCGGACGCGCAUCCAACCGGUGCACAUCUACAUCCUACAUCUGCGCACGUCCAUCCUACACCCGCACAGGGGCACGAUUCUACACCCGCGCACGGCACUGAGGAGACAGAGACUCCUCGCCACGUGCACUUUGCUCCCGAGGUGGAGGAGAGCGCGGAGGGGAGAGGGGAGGAGCCAGCACAUGAGGGGGGCGACGUGUCAAACAGCGACCGAGAAGUUGCGCUCAGAACUCUUCCCUUCGGGAGCAGGAACCAGGAGCAGGCCGACAUCAUCAAGGACGAGGAAAAAAACAUAGACAUUUACGACUUCAACGACUCGGAUGAAGAGUCGAACAAGAAGGGAGAGAACAGGGGCAGCUUAGAAAAGACGCAGGCCUCUACCCCGCAGCGGAAGCCCAUCCCACGAAAGUACUCCCUGAAUUUCUCCCCCUCGAAGCAGGGGCACCGUUCCCAGGCGGCAAAGUCGUCGGCGUCGAAGCGGAGGAAAAGUAAGAAAGCUGGAGACGAGUACGAGUACAUCGGUGUCGGGCAGCCGCUGAAGACGUUCCUGAUGGCGCGCGACGGGCUGAAGGAGAUCAGCCUGAACCGGGGAAAACGGGACGUGAAGCGGAACCUGGUCGGCAUGCAGCGGCAGAACAGUGCCGUGGACAAGGGCAACUGGCAGCGCGGGAAGGUCAUCCACGAGCGCUGCCGCUACGACGACUUCUUCGUGCCGACGGAGGAAGGCAGCAAGCGGAUCCAGCUGGUGAAGGAGGGCAAGGCGCGGGACGAGUAUGUGGUGGCGUGGUAUCUGUGGUGCCCAGGACAUGGCAACUGUCUGCGCAAGUGCGGAGGCUACGGCAAGUGCAAUGAAGGUUGUAAGGGCAUGGCCCACAAGCAGGACCGGCACAACUGCUCGCUGAUGAUCACGCUAAAGCUGUUCCUGAGCGACCUUGAGCGCUGGCGCGUGCGCGUGACAGGCAGCCACCUGCCCCCAGACUGCACCUUCCCCUGGGUCCCGCCCCCCAAGGAGAAACUCAAGGUCGACGAGGACACACGGGACCUCAUCGUGGACUACAGCCUGAACAAGGAGAAGUCAACGUCGGACAUCUACGAGGUCAUCCAGCACCACCCGGAGGUCGACCGCGGCAAAACGCCGUCCAAGAAGAAGAUCUGCUACUUCGUCUCGAGCAUGAAGAAGCGCCGGCGCGAGAGCAGCUACGACGCACGCGCCCAGGUCGGCGGCAAGAGAACCAAGAAGCAGGCGAAAGCCGAUCACCACGGAGACGAGGAGGAAGAAGACGAGGAGGAUGAGGAGGAGGAGGAGGUGAUGAAGGAGGCGGAAGAUGAAGUCCCGAAGACGCGUAAGAAGCACCGCCGACAGUACUCGGCCCCCAGAAACAGGCGCUCGCAGCAGCACCCCAGCGACGAUAUGUUCGAGCUUCUCUCCAGCCAGGAGGGGGCAAACGAGGAGAGCGCGCUAACCCAGGAACAACAGAUGGACAGGAAGACGUUGCUCACGUCCCAGGGGGAGGGGGGCGGUGAUGCAGAGGAGGGGUACGGGCUGACUUCUAAACUAACCCUGGCCUCUAUGCCUGAAGGUGUCUCACCCAAGCCGGAGGUAUCCGGAGGUCUGCAGAUGAUUCACGCGGAAGGCUCGGACGAUGAACACGAGAUGGAGGCACAGAUACAGGACGGGGGGAUGAACAGGGGCGGGGAAAACUCGGGGAGCAACGGUUUCAGCGUCAUCGGGUCUCUGAUACUGGCUACGUACGAGGACCAGGACACGGUUACGGGGUAGUUUUGCGGCACGUCGGCAGAACGUACUGCACCUGCGCGAAACCCGUAAUGUAUUGUGCACAGCACUUAGGCAGAACGUCUCAUAUAAGGUUGUAU